AUGAGAUCAGUGGAGGAUAAGGUAUCCCGCGGGCCCCACCGGGCUGGAGGGGCCCUCGGAAAACCGGCCCCGUCCAAGUGGGACGACGCUCAGAAAUGGCUCGUGAACCUCUCGAGGGGCGCCGAGAAGAGCCACCCCAAGUCCUCCCCACGCAACUCCAACGCGGACGACACGCGGCUGAUCGGGCCCCCGGUCACCGACGAGCCCGGUUCGGUCGAGGUGGUGGAGACCAAGAAUGUGGUGACCGGGCCCACCUACUCGACCGUCCGCCCGAUCUGCCUCCGGGACAUGGGGACUGAGAUGACCCCAAUCGCUAGCCAGGAGCCUUCGCGGGCCGCAACCCCCAUCCGGGCCGUGAGCCCGGUCUCGUCUGGGCCUUCUAGCCCGGUCUCGUUGGGCCCAGAUGGGGCUGAGGGUUUGAAUGGCGGGAGCACGAGUGAGAGGAGACACGGUGAGUCGGGUCAGGUCGGGCCCACGGGUGAGGAUGGGUCGAAAAAAAUGAGCCCUAUGGAAGUCGAGGCCAUGGCUUGGGAGGAAGCCGAGCGAGCUAAAUACACGGCAAGGUUUAAACGGGAAGAGGUGAAGAUUCAAGCUUGGGAGAAUCAUCAAAAGAGGAAAGCCGAAAUGGAGAAUCGAAAAGUUGAGGUGAAGGCAGAGAGACUUAAAUCGAGGGCGCAAGAGAAGUACAACAGCCGAAUAGCAGCGACUCGGAGGAUAGCCGAGGAAAAACGAGCUAAUGCAGAGGCUAAACUUCAAGAAAAGGCUAUGAAAACCUCCGAGAGAGCAGAUUAUAUAAGAAGAAAUGGGCAUCUUCCAUCUUUUUUCUCCUUCAAGUUAUUGCAUUCUUUCUGCUGGUAG